GUAUUAAAAGAGCCGUUGCCAUGGGUACGAUAGGUUUCAGCGAGCGAAAGCGUCGCGACGCAUACACACACACUAGAAUCUCGGGCCUCUAUUGUUCCGGUCGCGCGCUACCACGAUUCUUGCGUAACGCUAGGAGAAAACGUGACUUUGUAAAGACGGACGAUUGACAAAUGUAUUUUUGUGUGAAGCGACUGUCUUGAAAUAAAUGUGAGUGAAUAUUGUAGACAAUGGCUUCGAAUCCGCCGUCGAGUUCAGACAGCGAUUCGUCCCGGAAGCCGCCAACGGGAAGUGUGCAAGAGAGAUUGAUGGUUGCGGUGCGAAUACGACCAUUAAAAACGGAUGAAAAUCAGCGAGUUCUUUUCACAACCAACAACAAGAACGUGAUUAUCGGAGAUUACGCCGAUAAAAAUGACGUUUUACGGCAGAAGCGCGGUUCCGACAAACAAUACUCUUUCGACGUUGUCUUUGGGGAAGAUUCUACGCAGGAGGAGGUUUACGAGAAGACGACAGGGAGUUUAGUCAAAGAUAUCUUAAAUGGAUACAAUGCGACGGUAUUUGCAUACGGCGCCACCGGUGCCGGAAAGACGCACACGAUGGUCGGAGAUCCAUCUCAGCCUGGUAUCAUGAUUAGGGCUUUGAACGACCUUUUUAAUGCCGUCAAGGAUAAGCAGGAUCAAUACUCGCUCCACGGAAGCGUAAACGUGACGAUGUCCUAUCUGGAGAUAUACAACGAGCAGAUCAGAGAUCUAUUGAAUCCUGGCUCCGGUUAUCUUGAAUUGAGAGAGGAUGCCAGAGGCCGCAGCAUUCAAGUCGCUGGAUUAACAGAGAUAUCAACGAAUUCAACAAAUGAUGUGAUGGUUCUACUGCAAAAGGGAAAUAAGGCUAGAACAGUGGAGCCUACGGCUAUGAACAAGACUUCCUCUAGAAGUCAUGCACUAUUAAGUGUGACCGUGAAGCAAACGAUUCCAAUUGAUAAGAGAGAUCAUCUGAGGAUGAGGGUGAAGCAAGGAAGAUUAUUUAUGAUUGAUUUGGCCGGUUCAGAGAGAGCAAACAAGACGAAGAACCGAGGAAAACGAUUACAAGAAGGAGCCCACAUUAACAGAUCUUUGCUCGCUCUUGGUAAUUGCAUAAAUGCUUUGAGCGGAGGCGCCAGGUACGUGAAUUACAGAGACUCGAAGCUCACCAGGUUACUAAAAGAAGCGCUCAGCGGAAACUGUCGGACAGUGAUGAUAGCGCACGUAAGUCCUUCUGGUAACCAGAAGGAUGAAUCUCGGAAUACGCUGAUUUACGCGGACAGAGCAAAUCAUAUCUCGAAUAAGGUGGAGAGAAACGUUCUAGAUGUGAAUUACCACGUUAACCAAUACCAGACUGUGAUCACUGAGCUGCGCGGUGAAAUAGUCAGACUACAGCAAAAGAUGACCGAGGAGAGACCAAGAUCGGCGGACAUCAAGCUCAACGCCGAGCAGCGCAGCGCUGAAGUUAAGAACAUCAGGGAACAAAUUGUGGAGACGUUCAAGACACAGAUGAAGCUCAGGAGGAAGCUGAUGGAGAUCGACUCACACUUACUCGGAAUCGGUAUGGAGGCAGAACGCCAGCAUCUAGUCAUCUCCAACUGGGAAUCGCGAAACAACAAACUGUACAAAAACAACUUAAACAUGUCUCGAGCCCAAACGCAGCAAAGCCUCAGAAGAAAACGAACUGUAACGGCAGAUAGUUUUCAUUCCGCUGAUAAUGAAGAUUCCUCCGAUUUGGAUGCGGAGACUGAAGGCGAAGUAGCAGUACAGCACGCCUGGGGUGAAUUAGCUGACAUUGAGAGAGAACAGGAGAGAUGGUCUGAACUGCGGACGACAAUCGAACAGAAACUGGAAGUCUGUCGACAGCGAGGCGUUUCUCUGGAAGAUAAAUUGCCUGCAUUAUUAUCUUCAGAUGAUGAGCGCGAAAUACUAGCGCUAAUGUGCCGCGUUCAUGAGUUGGAAGCAGAUAAAAUGGCUCUACAGUCGGAGCGAUUGGUACGGCAGCAUGAACUUAGGCGAAGAGACUUGGUUAUCUUGAGAUAUGAUAGGCAGAGGCAGCUCUGCGAGGAAAUUAUUACCAGGCAAAGACAACUCAUGGAAGAUGGUCAACUGAAGCUUCCUCUAGACUUACAAGAACUGUACCUAAUUUACCAGCAGGAAAUCCACGCGUCCACAUAUGCCGACUAUUCGAUAUCCUCGUUGAUGACGCCCGACAGCAAACUACCACCGAUUAGCAAAAUAUAUAGUGAUCCAAUGUUUAGGAGAGGAACCGCGGCCGGAAGCAGUCCUCCCUCUUCGGCCGAAUCUGAUGCGGAUCCUCUGCCAUCGUUGAACGAUCCGAGCGUAGACCGUGUUAUGGGUCAUCCGGUAUCCAGACCUGGAUUAGGAAUGAAAUUACCGCCGCUGCCUCCCAGUCCGCCGAUCCGAAUCUCGAGAACGGCAAAUUCUAGCUCCAGUAGCAAUAACAACUUGGGACAUAUGAGGCGAGCAAUGAGCGAAAAUAUUCUCAAUGAAGAUAUCAUGGAAUGAACAAAAC